GUUGCGAUCGACCGACAAUGGACUGUCCUGCCUCCACAAUGCACGAAGACUCAGCAAAGUGUGCAGGAUCCCUGACAAUGUUCCUUUUCUUGACAGAUCAUAUCCAUACAUUACGCGACUUGAUAUAUCCGAUCUUCAACCGGCCAAGAGCCUUUCAUGUCUACUUCUUUCAGGGGCAAACACUCUGUUCGCUGUCAACCAUCAUCUUGCUGUCCCCACCGCAUUCUGUGUCGCUGUCCCCAUGAUGCUCUUUCGUUAACCCCGCCAUCCUCAUUCAAGUGCUUGACUAUAGGCUUUCCGAUAUGUUUCCGCCCUGCGUUUCCGGCCUUUUGCCGUCGUGUUGGUGGUCUCCUUGGUUCUGAAUGCCUUCACGGAAAGAAGUUUCGUGAACGGAGGGAGUAUAAAAUCCAUGGGUCUCAGUCCCAUAUCUCCUCGUCACUAGCAACAUGUUCUCGCCUGUAGUCCUCGGCGCACUCGCAGCUCUCCUCCCUGCAGCGGUUCAGGCUAUACCAUCCUCCGCUCAGGCUCGGGCUGCCGACGCAAUAGCCAACCCAUACACCGGAUACACCAUCUUCAAAAACCCGGAAUACGUCGCCGAGGUGCAAGCCGCCGUCCAGCAGAUCAGCGACUCCUCCCUCGCCUCGGCCGCCGCGGGCGUCGAGGACGUGCCCGUGUUCUUCUGGCUCGACCAGGUUGCCAAAGUCCCGAACCUCACCACGUACCUCGCCGCCGCCGACGCGGAGGCGAAGAGCUCGGGGAGCCAGCAGCUGUUCCAGAUCGUCGUGUACGAUCUGCCCGACCGCGACUGCGCGGCGGCCGCGUCGAACGGGGAGUUCUCGAUCUCCGACAACGGCCAGACGAAUUAUGAGAACUACAUUGAUCAGAUUGUGGCCAGCAUUAAGCAGUAUCCCGAUGUUCGCGUCGUGGCUGUCGUUGAGCCCGACUCUAUGGCCAACCUCGUCACCAACUUGAGCGUCCAGAAGUGCGCGGAUGCCGAGUCUACGUACAAGACUUGCGUUGCAUAUGCCAUUGAACAGCUCGCCACGGUUGGGGUUUACAUGUACCUCGAUGCAGGUCACGCUGGCUGGCUCGGUUGGCCCGCCAAUCUCUCCCCGGCCGCCGAGCUCUUCGCCCAGAUGUACAGCACCACUGGAUCCAGCCCCUACUUCCGCGGUCUUGCUACCAACGUUGCGAACUACAACUCGCUGACCACCGACUCGCCCGAUCCCAUCACAUCCGGCGACUCCAACUACGACGAGCUGCUCUACAUCGAGGCGCUCUCCCCUCUGCUGGUAGACAACGGCUUCCCCGCCCAGUUCAUCGUCGAGCAGGCCCGCUCGGGCGUGCAGAACAUCCGCAGCGCGUGGGGCGACUGGUGCAACGUCAAGGGCGCGGGCUUCGGCCUCCGCCCGUCGACGGACACGCCCUCGUCGCUCAUCGACUCGAUCGUGUGGGUCAAGCCCGGUGGCGAGGCCGACGGGACGAGCAACUCGAGCGCGGCGCGGUAUGACUACCACUGCUCGCUGAGCGAUGCGCUCCAGCCUGCACCCGAGGCGGGGACGUGGUUCCAGACGUACUUCGAGGACUUGGUGUCUGGCGCGAACCCGGCUUUCUAGAUUGUUCUCACUGGUGUUCUGGUUUGAUUGUUUAUGCUAUGGGUAACUUGUGGUUU